UCUAAUCCGGAUGUAGAACCUGACACAGUCAGCCUCCUCCCAGAAAGGAGAACAGCCGGAGCGUUCUUCUCCAGUGAUCUGCAUCUGUAGUGGCCUCCUCCGCUGCCAUAUGUAAUUUAACCUCAUUCAUUCGCCCUCGGACCUCAUUUGGCUUCGUGUUCGCUGUAGACGGUGUGUUUCGCGGCGCGUCCCCCUCCGCUGCGUCUGUCUCCCGGACGUUUAUCGGUGUCUGCCUCGGUGACUGUCGGUUGCAGGCGGGCCGGUGAAAACACAGGACGAUGAUCGAGCGACCAGAGACCGCUGUUCCCAGCAUCGCCCAGCGGAACCUUGAGGGCUAUGUGGGCUUCGCCAAUCUUCCCAACCAGGUGUAUAGGAAGUCGGUCAAAAGAGGUUUUGAGUUUACAUUGAUGGUUGUUGGUGAGUCUGGUCUUGGGAAAUCAACACUCAUCAACUCCCUGUUCCUGACUGACCUGUACUCCAAGGACUACCCUGGGCCAUCCCAGCGCAUUAAGAAGACUGUGCAGGUGGAGCAAUCCAAAGUGCUGAUCAAGGAAGGAGGGGUCCAGCUGACACUCACCAUUGUGGAUACACCAGGCUUUGGAGAUGCAGUGGAUAACAGUAACUGUUGGCAGCCUGUUAUAAACUAUAUCGACAGUAAGUGUGAGGACUUCCUGAACGCAGAGUCGAGGGUAAACCGCAGAUCCAUGCCCGACAACAGAGUCCACUGCUGCCUUUAUUUCAUUGCACCCUCUGGACAUGGUCUGAAACCAUUGGACAUAGAAUUCAUGAAGAGACUCCACGACAAAGUAAAUGUCAUCCCUCUUAUUGCAAAAGCCGACACUCUGACCCCUGAAGAGUGCCAGCUCUUUAAAAAACAGAUAAUGAAAGAGAUACAAGAACACAAAAUCAAGAUUUAUGAAUUCCCAGACACGGAGGACGACGAGGACAACAAGCUCAUCCGAAAGAUAAAGGAGAAGAUGCCUCUGGCUGUAGUCGGCAGCAACGUGGUGAUUGAGGUGAACGGCAAGAAGGUCAGAGGUCGCCAGUACCCAUGGGGCGUGGCAGAAGUGGAGAAUGGCGAACACUGCGAUUUCACCGUGCUCCGCAACAUGCUCAUAAGAACCCAUAUGCAGGAUCUGAAGGAUGUUACCAACAAUGUCCACUACGAGAAUUAUCGCAGUAAGAAACUCGCUGCCGUCACUUGUAAUGGAGUGGACACUUCCAAGACCAAGGGACAGCUCACAAAGAGUCCCUUGGCACAGAUGGAGGAGGAGCGGAGGGAGCACGUGAUGAAAAUGAAAAAGAUGGAGGCAGAGAUGGAACAGGUGUUCGAAAUGAAGGUGAAGGAGAAGAAGCAGAAACUGAAGGAUUCGGAGGCUGAGCUCGAGCGACGGCACGAACAGAUGAAGAGGAACUUGGAGGCGCAGUACAAAGAGCUGGAGGAGAAGAGACGAGUGUUUGAGGAUGAGAAGGUCAACUGGGAGGCUCAGCAGCGAAUCCUCGAGCAGCAGAAACUGGAUGCCUCAAAGACGAUGGAAAAGAACAAGAAGAAGGGGAAAAUCUUUUGAAGAGAGAGCCAUGGCCUGUUCCUUCAGUUUUACACAACCUCAUUUUCUCUUCUUCCUCUUCCUCAUGUCUACUGUGGCCCUCAGAACAUAAACACACAAUCACACACACUUUCAGAUAUAUAUAUUCAGCUCAUUCCAUAACAUUCCUCUGUGUUGCAUUUAACAUUUACACACACUUAGAUAUAUCAAUGCCCACAAUCUCCCACAUGCUUAUCUCUCUGCAGGGUUUUACCAUGUUUGCGGAAUCGUUUUCAUUUUCUUGAGGAAUGCAUGUGUCUGUGAAAGUCUAUUUUCCUAUAUUUCCUGACAAAGAGGAGAAGCCCGAUUUCCUCUGAGAGUACAGUGAACACAUGGCAGGGACCAUGCAUAGCCAUUUGUACACAUGUAGUAGUUGUACAUUCUCUAGAUAUUCGUAGAUGGAUAGAUGUACUAUCUCCCUCCUCAAUGCCAUCUUUUUUAUUGUUCUCAAAUAUGUUAUACAAGAGGAGACACACUCAGACAUUCAGUCACAAGGAGCUUGGGGAGAGUGUGUUCGGAGAAGACAGAGGGUUCAGUAUGUGAGUGAAGGCAGGGUAACUGAGCGUCAGCGGGGGAGGAAGAAGUCAGGUGGAAGGGAGGCCCAGGUCACACUCACAGUGGCUCAGUUUAAUGGAUCUGUGUGUCUUGGUAACAGCUCAUCGGUUAAUUAGCUGUUGAACUGAAUAAUAAGACACGAGCCAGCUGUCAACAUGCUAGCCUUACUCUACUUCCUCUUCACAUUUCAUUCUCUGGGUUUUGCAUCACUACUUUCAUUAAGGUUUCAUGUGUUAGCCAGCAAAGUUGUCAGUUGAUGGGUGAUACUUGUGAAUAUAAGAAUGUGUUUGCCAAUGGACCUUAUUGUCCCAUUACUAGUGAGUUGCUCCAUUAUAAAAUAUGUAGAUAAGUGAAAUAAUAAUUUAUAAUAACACUUAUUUGUCUCAUCGACUAUUAUCUCAUACAGAUGGUUUCAUUAGAGGUAACAGGUGAUUGGCCAGUGGAGCAGACAAAACUUCACCCUCAAACUAAAUGUUUCUGUUUUUUAAAUGCUGGUGUGCCUGGGCCUUGAGAUGGGAUCCCCUGUGAAGCGACAGGUGUGUGGUGUUGAAUGCUAUGUCUGAGGUCAUACAGACAGGAGAAAGGAGAUUUGUGUGACAGCAGCCUGGAUAGUGUCAGUGCAGUGUGUGUUUCUUAUUUAAAUAGAAGAUAUUAUGCAAAAGCCUCAUCGGUGUCUACAACUUAACAGGUUACAGCGAUUACAAAGAUGUUUCAUAUUGUGAUGUAAGUGCUGGAUGUUGUCAUAGACCUGAACCCCACUGUCCAGAUUAUUGUGAUAUUUUCACUUUUGGUAAAACAACCAAGGAAAAGUUUAAAUAUUUCUCUCUUUCUCCUUGAUUUCCCACAAAGGCAGCUGUUCAGAGAUGUUUGCCAAUUCAGCCAUAACUUUGUCUCUGACUUCAGAUAUUCAAAUUCAAAUGCUCCUGCAGACAAUAGAAUAUUUCCCCUUAGCUGUCAAUCAGAAUAGAGUCCAGGUCUGAGCCAAUUCACAUUUAGAAAGCAGCACACGGUGCCACACAGUCUAACCUUUAUUAAAACUUUCCCAGAGUUGUCAUGUUUUAUUUUCAUAUAAGGAUGAUAGUACUAUGCGCACGGUUGACGUAGGACUCCUUUCCCUGUAGUAUUCUUUAAUAACUCUUAGAUUACUCAGUUAUUUUUAGUUUUUUAAUCUACCUGCAUUUAGAGCAAACUGCUAAAGGGACAAACCUUAUACCUUCAACACAGUAAAUAUUGCCUGUCUGUUUUUGAUGGAAAUGCAUAUUUUAUGUACAUACUGGAGGCUGCUCAGUGGCCUUUGUUUCUUGAGGUGAAUUUAUUUUUCUGGAAUAACGACAGAACUUGUACUCUGGACAGAACUCCUCAAUACCCCAUGAUUAAAGGUCCUCACAUUUAUACACAAACACACACACACACACACACACACACACACACACACACACCUAUAUAUAAAUAUGCCAAGAGUACACCUUCUCAGGACUGCUCCAAUACACUAGAUGUUUUCUUUAGUUCCAGAGAAAAGAAACUCUGUUGUUCUACAAGAUUAAACCAAUUGAACCACUCACCUUCUAAUAACACCAAGGAAGAUAGAUUUAAGUUAAGGUGGAUUUUGUUUUUGUAAUAUUUUCUUUUAUAUAUAUACUGUAUGUACACUGUUUUCUGCUUCUCUUCUUUGUUUUAUCGUGUCUUCUAGCUCUAACUGUACAUGUUUAAUAUUAAAGUUGACAAGGUUAUGCUUUAA